CCUCGGCCCCCUGAUAGGAGGAGCCCCGGCGGCACCGUGCGUCCUGUCAGUGUCACCCCGGACAACAUGGCGGCUGUGAGGUGUAUCGGAGCGCUGGCCCGGCUGGGCGGGAGGACAGGUUUCACCACAAGAUCUUUAUCCAUGUCUUCUGCCCUGCUGUCGCGGACACACGUCAACUACGAGGUCAAGAACGAUGUCGCCGUUGUCCGAUUCAACACCCCAAACUCUAAGGUGAACACGUUGUCUGAACAGCUCCAGAGUGAAUUCAAUGAAGUGAUGAAUGAGAUCUGGGCCAACGAUGCCGUGAAGAGCGCCGUCCUCACCUCCGCCAAACCCGGCUGCUUCAUCGCCGGAGCCGACAUCAACAUGAUAGAGUCCUGUAAGAGUUCCCAGGAGGUCUCACGACUAUCUGAAGCCGGGCAGAAGAUGUUUGAGAAACUGGAAAAGUCUCCUAAACCCAUUGUGGCGGCCAUCAAUGGCUCCUGCCUUGGAGGAGGACUGGAGGUGGCCAUCGCCUGCCAGUAUCGUGUGGCUACAAAAGACAAGAAGACUGUUCUGGGGACACCUGAGGUCUUGUUGGGUCUUCUACCCGGUGCUGGGGGGACCCAGCGACUCCCUAAGAUGUUGGGUCUUCCUGCGUCCUUUGACAUGAUGCUGACCGGCAGGAACAUUCGUGCUGACAAAGCCAAGAAGAUGGGGCUGGUGGAUCAGCUGGUGGACCCCCUGGGUCCCGGUCUGAAGAGUCCUGAGGAGCGCACCAUGGAUUACCUGGAGGAGGUGGCCGUGUUCUACGCCAGAGGGAUCGCCGACAAGAAGAUCUCCCUGAAGAAGCAGAAGGGGCUGAUAGCGAAGAUCACAGACUACGUCUUGUCCGUCCCGUUCGUGAGGCAGCAAGUGUACAAGAUGGUGGAGAAUAAAGUGAGGAAGCAGACCAAGGGCCUGUACCCAGCCCCCCUGAAGAUCAUCGAGGUGGUGCGCACCGGGGUGGAGCAGGGAUCGGAGGCCGGGUACUUGGCGGAGUCUCAGAGGUUCGGGGAACUGGCCAUGACCAGCGAGUCCAGAGCGCUCAUCGGCCUCUACCACGGCCAGGUCCAGUGCAAGAAGAACAAGUUCGGGAAACCGGAAAGAGAAGUCAAGAACCUGGCGAUCCUCGGGGCGGGGCUGAUGGGCGCCGGAAUCGCACAGGUCACUGUGGAUAAAGGUAUCAAGACCAUCCUGAAGGACACGACCGUGGAAGGUCUGGGCCGAGGACAGCAGCAAGUGUUCAAGGGCCUCAAUGACAAGGUGAAGAAGAGGAGCGUCACCUCCUUCGAGCGGGACAGCAUCAUGAGCAACCUGACGGGGCAGCUGGAUUACAAGGGAUUCGAGAGCGCGGACAUGGUGGUGGAGGCCGUGUUCGAGGACAUCAAGAUCAAACACAAAGUCCUGCAGGAGGUGGAAGCGGUUGUUCCCCCGCACUGUAUUUUCGCCAGUAACACGUCUGCUCUGCCCAUCUCUCAGAUCGCUGCCGUCAGUAAGAGACCAGACAAGGUGAUCGGGAUGCAUUACUUCUCUCCUGUGGAUAAGAUGCAGCUCUUAGAAAUCAUCACAACAGAUAAGACGUCUCAGGACACCGCAGCCUCCGCCGUGUCUGUAGGACUGAAGCAGGGAAAAGUCAUCAUCGUGGUCAAGGACGGUCCCGGAUUUUACACCACGCGGUGUUUGGCCCCUAUGAUGGCGGAGGUUGUCCGUGUCCUCCAGGAAGGUGUAGCCCCCAAGAAGCUGGACUCUCUCACCACUGGCUUCGGUUUCCCGGUGGGCGCCUCCACGCUGGCUGACGAGGUUGGCAUUGAUGUGGCCGCCCACGUGGCGGAGGACCUGGGCAAGGCUUUUGGGGAGAGGUUUGGAGGAGGCAACGUGGACUUCCUGAAGGCAAUGGUGCAGAAGGGAUAUCUGGGACGUAAAUCUGGGAAAGGUUUCUACGUGUACCAGCCGGGGACGAAGGAACGAUCCGUGAACUCCGGAGCCGAGGAGAUCCUGGAGAAAUACAAGCUGCCCGUCAGGACCGACGUAUCUUCCGAUGAGGAUAUCCAGAUGCGUCUGAUCACCCGCUUUGUGAAUGAAGCCGUCCUGUGCCUCCAGGAGGGGAUCCUCAGUAACCCAGUGGAGGGAGAUAUCGGCGCCGUCUUCGGGCUUGGCUUCCCGCCGUGCCUUGGAGGUCCUUUCAGAUACACGGACGCCUACGGGGCGAAGCGAAUUGUGGAGAAGAUGAGGAAGUUUGAGGACGUGUACGGCAGCCACUUCACCCCCUGCCAGCUGCUGCUCGAUCACGCCAAGGACCCCAGCAAGAAGUUCCACCACUAACCCCCAGCCGUCCCGGUACUCGUGGCCCCUCCCCCCCCCUGCCGUAGUGUCUGAGCUCCCAGGUGACCGCCGAAUGUAUGGAGGAAGGGGCAGAGGCUCGUGACGUCCCGUGCGCCAUACGUGCCUUAGAUCCAAGUUGUCACUCGGGCACCGCGUUCCCGCCAUGUUGACGCUUUUUUUUUUUUUUUGCACUUAACAAUGUGAGACUUUAACUCUUUAAUGUCCCCUGGGGACGAGGAGGCGGCGCUGCAGCAGCGCGUUCAUUCCAUGUCACGCGGAUGUCGUCAAUAAAACGUUUUUUCGGAAAGGUCGGUUUUCACUUU